AGUGCUAGUACACUCACAUCAAUUAAGCGAGACAUGAAAGAUAAAAUGUCAAAAACCAAGGAAAAAUAAAGAAAUAUGGUGAACCUCUUGAAAUGUCAAACCAUUUCAGUUUUGUUUGGAUGCUGAAAAUUUGUUUUGUAUGAAAAUUUCUCGAAUUUAUUUAGAAACCGAUACGGAAUCGUACACAAUUUUAGCGAAUCAUGUGUUUUAAUGGAAAAUGAAAAUGGUGUAAGUGGUGAAAAAAAGUGUAUGUCUGACAAAAUGCUAUAACAGCAUUGCUGUUGAACACCCGAUUUUCAAUGGAAUAUGCUUGAAAAAUUGAAAGCUUAUUUCAAUUGAAGGCAAAAUUAUGCGAAAGUUGAAUUCGCUUUAAAGAAAUAGGUUGGAGAAGAAAAGUGUCAAAAUCAAGUAAAUCGUAUUCAACAGAUUGAUUAUUUUCGAGGUUGCACACAAGAGAAUAGCUCGAUAGUCAUGUUGGCAAUUGUUCAAUGAAUGUAUGCCGGCAUUCAACUGCUAUAAAACAAUAGAUGUCUUUGACACGAAAAAAAACUAUGAAAGAAAAUAUCAAUAAACUUGAAUUGAGUUCACAAACGAAGAAACGAGUUCAGCCGAGAAAGACAAAAAACCAUUCCGUUCGAAAUAAUUUGAGCAAGUUUUUUUCGGUUGGAAUUGGAAAAAUAUCAACGAUUUAUUUAAAGGAACCAAAGUACAACAAAAGUCGGAGUGUUAUCAGUGUAAAUGAGACGCACACGAACUCAGUCGGCACCGGGCGAAUGCAAUGUAUUGAGUUAUUUUUUUUUACUAAUCACAACAAGAAACACCAGCUUUAUUUUUCGGUUCGGUUCGGUAGUAUUAAUUGUUUGUUGCACACAGACACAUUUGUCCCACCAACAACAACAACAAACAUCAUCAUCAACAGCGUAAAUGUCAAUGCGGCGGUGGCGGCGGCGGCGAUAGUGACGGCGGGCGUUCCACAAACGCGUUAUGCGAUAACGAAAGCAUCUUGGCAAGUUGUGGGAGCGGGUCGAAUAUAGGCGAAAACGGCAGAAAGAAAAGAGAGACAGAGAGAGAGAGAGAAAGAAAAAAGAGACAGAGAGAGAGAGAGAGAGAAAAGAUUAAGAGAGAGAAAAAAACCAUAGAAAGAUCAACACACAACAUACAAGCAAAGCCAACCUGUGUGUACAAUAAAUUAAAAAGUUACAACAGAGCAACAACACAUCAAAUAACACAAAAAUCAGCUAAAACAAAAAUCAAAACGUGAUUAGCCGUAGUGUAAGGUGUACGUGAAUUUCUACUCGUUCUCGUCCCGGAGACAAAACAAUUCGACACAAAACAACACACAUUUAUUAUUAUUAAUAUAGAUAAAAUAGCAUUUAGUAGUGAUGGCAAUCAAACCCGGCAUAGCUAGAAAAUCAUCAAACAAAAAUCCACCGUUUUUUAGCCAUGAAUUUGUGAUACAGAAUCAUGCUGAUAUAGUUUCCUGUGUAGCAAUGGUUUUUGUCGUGGGACUUAUGUUACCUGCAACUGCCCCUAUAGCCAGCAUUUUUGUUGCAUUGCACCAUAAUGUAACGGGAGCAGAGCCAAGCCAUGAAAAUCCCAGAGGAUUACCAUUUUCUUAUGAAUCAGGAUGGAAAGAUUGGUGUUGCGUAUUCUUUUAUACAUUAAUUUGUAUCAUAAUGCACGCGCUAUUGCAGGAAUAUUUAAUCGAGAAAAUCUCGAAAAAAUUACAUUUGUCCAAAUUUAAGUUGGCCCGUUUCAAUGACUCGUGCCAGUUACUGGUAUUUUAUCUGAUGUCAUGCGUAUGGGGAUUGGAUGUUAUCAUUCGCGAAGGAUACUUUAGCCAAUUGUCAUUGUUGUGGGAUCAAUUCCCUGAACAUCCAAUGAUUUUCCUCCACAAAUUAUUUUUCAUCAUUCAAUUGGCCUACUAUUUCCACAUGUUGCCUGAGCUGUACUUGCAAAAAGUGAAAAAAGAGGAUCAACAAUCGAAAAUCAUUCAUGCCGUCUGUAGUUUUUCAUUUAUUGCGCUCGCCUAUUUCUUGGGUUUCCAACGCAUUGCAUUAGCAUUGCUCACCCUACACUAUGCCAACGAAGUUGUGUCGCACAUUUUCCAAUUGGUCGACAUCUUUGAUCGCGACGAAAAGCUCACCAAAUUGCAUUAUAUCAACCAUUCGAUUUUCAUUGCAACCCGUUUCGGUUCGAUGCUAUUGGCCCUAUUGACCUUGUACUAUGGCAUCGAAAGUAGUGCUAAAACGAAAUUCGCAUUGGUCGCUGUGUGGGGACUGCAAGGAUUUUUAAUUUUUCGAUUUUUCAAUAAUUUUUUGCGCGCUAAAAGCGAAAAAUUAGGCGAAAAAAAUUUGAUAAAGAAACGUAAUGCUACAACCAAUGCCAAAACGGUGGCCGGCGCUGAAAAAUCGAAAAAAGACCGAAAGAAGGAGAGCGAUCUACCGGAAGCUGACCAAAAUUCCAACUCCGGUCGACAUGAAUUGAAAAAAGUGAAAUGAAUAACAAACAAUUGCUACCGUAUUUACGAAUGAUGUAUGUUUCUUUUUUAAAUGGUUUAAAUGUGAAUGAAUCCGUGUGCGUAUGAAUUUAUGUGAGUGCUUGAUGUGUGAGAGCAUGUGUGCCAAUGGUUAAAAAGUUUAAAUUUUUUUUUUCUCGAUUAGAAUCAACACAAUAAUAAUUCUUUUUUUUUUGCAUUGAAUAUAUAUUCAAUGUCCAUCCCGUCAUCUAUAUUGAUGCAUACAUUUAUUUAAACAUGAUUCAAUUAGGCAACAAGUAAAACAAUUGGAAAGAAGAGAAAGGAAAUGCAAAACAUUGAAUAAUUACGAUGGAAUUUAAUUACAACUAUUUCGAGACGAUAUUUUCAACACUUUUAUCAACACUGUAAUCACACGCAAUAAAAAUAACACUCAUGAUAAACAAAAAAAAAAAAACAAACAUGAAAAACACACACACACACACACAUUUCAAAACCGAUUUUCAUAAUUGUUUUCUAUUUGAUAAUAAUUAAAUAUAAUUGUUGCAUUUAAUUUACGUUUCGUUCCGUCAAAUCUCUCUCUUCUUCUUGUAAAGCAUUUUACUUUGUUUCUUUCUUUUUCGCUCGAUGUCCAAAAAUCAAGGCAAUUUUUUUUAGACUUUAACCAAUUGUUAAUCGAAACAUUCUAAACCAUUUGUUCUUUUUGUUUAAUCAAAAUUAAAUGCGCACCACAAAUCGCAACAACAACAAAAAACAUGCAAUAGGAAAAUUUGAGUCUUCUCAGUGUUGUUUAUUUGUGUUUUAUUUUUAUUCUUUUUUUUUGUCUCGUCCAAACCAGAAAAAAAAACAAACUCUAAAUAUUUAUGUUUUAUUAUUCUCGUGACCGAUUGAGUUUCGAUAGACAAAUAUGCGUUUACAUUACGCACUAUCGGCUCAACGGCUCAUUUUCAUUUCAUCUGUUUUUUACGUUGAAAAUUUUUUUUCCGGUAAAAUGGAAAAAAUUUGCAAAUAAAAAAUGACAAAAGAAACAAUAUUUUGAUAUAUAAAGUGAACGGAAAAAAAUUUGUAAAAAAAAAAUCUAAACAAUUUUGAAUAAAAAUCAAUCGAAAAUACUUAAUUAAAAUGAAAAA